UAGAUGCAAAUAUACGUGUAAUUAAGCAUUGUAUAUAUAAGCAGCGAUUUAAACGAAUGUGAUUAGUUUUCGCAGAACAAACUCCGCGUUACGAUUGCCGAACGGUCAAUGAUAUUUAUUAGUUAAUUCAAUGAGUAAGUGGGCAAGUGAGUGAUAAUAAAAAAUUAUUACAAUUAAAUAGAAAAUAAAAGUUAAAAUUGAAUAAAAAUGUCGUGUUUGAGGCAUGUGCAUGUCACUAAAAUCGCCUUGAUACUUAUCUUAUGUGUUGUUGGCGCACGCGCACAAGGCGGCUUGCUACGCGGCAUCACUGAUGUGGGUAAAAGUUUGAGCGAUAUUACAACCGGCGUGGCCAAGGAUGUUGGCAAAUUAAUACCCACACCUGAGGGUGUAUUUGAGGCGGGUAAAAAUGUCGUCGCCGGCUAUCCAUUCGAGUUGAUUUCCUCGGCAGUGAAUCAGAUUUGUUCCUCCGCUCUUUCCUCCGAAGCGAUUAAGCCACGCAUAACGCCCGAUUUGAAGAAGAUCAAUUUCCAGCUACGCACCACUUGCAAAAACUACACUUAUCCGCUGCUGAAUUCCAAUGAAAUAUGGCGUAGUCCGGAAUUUGAUGCGAAAAAGAAGGUAGUUAUUUUGGCCACCGGCUGGACGACAACAGUCAAUAAUUCAGAUACGAUUGAUGUGUUGGCCAAGGCGUACAAUUGCCGUGGUGAUGUGAAUUUUGUGGCCGUGGAUGUAGCAAAUUUCGUGGACACGCUGUACACUUGGUCAGCAUUGAACACUGACGAAAUAGGCGCCAGCAUAGCAGAAGGUCUCGAACUCCUCACCGAAGUGGUGCCACUACACAAUAUCCAUUUGAUCGGACACAGUUUAGGUGCACACAUUGUAGGCGCCGCCGGGCGCUACUUCAGCUAUCGCACCGGCAAAUUGAUACCACGCAUAACCGGUUUGGAUCCUGCGAAACCAUGCUUCAACGAAGGCCACUCACUCUCGGGGCUACUGCGUGGUGAUGCUGAUUUCAUCGAUGUAAUCCACUCGAAUCCUGGUGUAUUGGGCAAACGAGAACCAAUGGGUGAUGUCGAUUUCUAUCCCGGUGGCUUGGAUCCUUUACCGAAUGGCUGCUUGCAUGUUGUCUGUGCGCAUGCCCGUGCUUGGGAGUACUAUGCAGAGUCUGUUUAUCCUGGUAAUGAACUGAAUUUUAUGGGUAAACGUUGCAGUUCGCUGACGAAAUUGCUUGAAUCGAAAUGUCCCGGUCCGGAGUUUCCAAUGGGCUAUGCAACGCCACACAACAUCAAGGGUAAUUACUUUUUGGAGGUGAAUAGUGCUUCGCCUUAUGGUAAGGGCAACGAUGCGAAGAAAGUGGAGGCGCAGGUAAAUUGUGGUUUAUGCUGAAAUGAGAAAAAUUAGUGCUCUGUUGAUCUUUUGUAUCUUUCAUAAAAAUAAAAAAAGUUAGUUUUAUUUAACUGUGAAUCAAA